AUGUAUAUCAAGACACUGACAAUCCAGGGCUUCAAAUCAUACCGCGAUCAGACACAGAUCGAGCCCUUUUCUCCUAGACACAAUGUGGUCGUGGGCAGAAAUGGGUCAGGAAAGAGUAACUUCUUCGCCGCCAUCCGCUUUGUGCUCUCCGAUGCAUACACAUCGAUGUCGCGGGAGGAGCGGCAGUCUCUUCUACACGAGGGCGUGUCCGUGGCUACGACCUUGUCGGCGUACGUCGAGAUCGUUUUCGACAACUCUGACAACCGCUUCCCUACCGGCCGCGACGAGGUGAUCCUUCGACGAACCAUUGGUUUGAAGAAGGACGAGUACAGCCUGGACAAGAAAAGUGCGAGUAAAGCAGACGUGAUGAACCUGCUCGAAAGUGCCGGUUUCAGCAAGAGUAAUCCGUACUACAUCGUGCCUCAAGGACGGAUAACAGCACUUACGAACGCAAAAGAUCAUGAGCGUUUGGCCCUUCUCAAAGAGGUUGCAGGCACGAAGGUAUACGAACAGCGACGAGCAGAGUCGCUUCGGAUUAUGGCGGAGACCGACGCGAAGCGAACCAAGAUCAACGAACUGCUUGAGUACAUCGACUCGCGACUCACUGAACUGGAGGAAGAGAAGGAAGAGCUCAAGGAGUACCAGGAGAAAGACAAAGAGCGGCGGUGUCUCGAAUAUGCGCUGUACCAGCGUGAACUGGAAGAAGUCUCGGAGGCGCUAGAAGAAAUUGACGAAGAACGCAAGGGUGAAGUGCACAGUGCUAACGUGCGAAGAGAACAAUUCAACGAUCGCGAGAAAAGAGCACAGAGCUUGGAACAGCGUAUAUCGCAGAUCAGGACGACCUUGACGACACUUACGCUGACCCGUACUGGCGCACAAUCCGAGCUCACCGACCUCGUGCGCGCGCGCACUGAGCUGGAAUGCACCAUCGGUGACCUCCGCCUCGCGGCUCAGCGCGCCGGAGGCAAGCGCGAAGAGCUCCAGGCAGAGCUCGACAACGUCAAAGCCGAGAUCGUCCAACAAGAACGAUCGCUCUCCACUGUUCUCCCCGAAUGGGAAGCACAGCGCACACUCGAGACGGAUGAGAAACGCAGGCUGGAUGAAGCGCGUGCGCGGCUCGACGCGCUCUUCGCCAAGCGCGGACGCUUAAAUCGCUUCAGAACCAGGGCGGAGCGCGACGAGUUCUUGAGGGGAGAGAUCGCGUCGAUUGGGGCUUACCGCACGUCGCAGGCUGGGGCCUUGGAGAGUUUGCGGACGACCCUGCAGGAUACACGGAACACUCUCCAGGAGAUUGAGACGAGGAACGAAACCGACAGCGAUAGGGUUGAGACAGAGAGGCAGAAGUCCAGGGACAUCGCAGAGCAGCUUGCAGGUCUCAGGGAACAGCAUGCGGACCUGACCGAGAGGCGGAAGAACCUGUGGAGAGAGGAAACCAAGUUGGAUAGUUUGGUGACGCAUGCCGCUGAUGAGCUCAGGACUACAGAGAGGACCCUGGCAAGUAUGAUGGACAAGGACACCGGUAGCGGUCUACGUGCCGUCGACAGGAUCAUCGAAAGGCACAACAUGGAUGGUGUCUACGGUCCUCUGUACAGGCUUUUCGAGAUCCCUGACGAUAAAUACAAUAUUGCAGUUGAGCUCACCGCCGGCAACAGCUUAUUCCAUGUCGUUACGGAUACCGAUGAGACCGCAAAGAGACUACUCGACAUCAUGAACAGAGAGAAGACCGGCAGAUUGACCUUCAUGCCGCUGAACCGUCUGAGGCCAAACGUCCCCGCAUACCCUGACGCUCAAGACGCGAUACCCCUCAUCGAGAAGCUCCGCUUCAACGACGCUCAUCUCAAGGCCUUCCAACAAGUCUUCGGCAAGACAUGCGUCUGCCGAGACCUCACCAUCGCCGCGGCAUACGUGAAGAGCCAUGGGAUCAACACCAUCACGCUCGACGGUGACAAGGUCGAUCGCAAGGGUGCACUCACGGGUGGCUACCACGACGUUCGUCGCUCGCGCAUCGAAGCGAUCAAGGCCGUCACCAGCUGGAAGGCGAAGCACUCCACGGACGACAAGCGACUGCAAGAGGUCAAGCGGGCGAUCGUCACGACCGAGCAGGAGAUAACGAGGGCCACGGGCAAGAUCCAGGUGCUCAGCAACCAGCAGAUGCAGGCGCGGCACAUGCGCGACACAGUUGCGGAUGAGAUGACUGCGCUGAGCAGGGAGAAGGAGCGUCUCACGGAGCGGGUCGCCAAGCUGGAGGGCGACAUCGUCGAUCUCGAGACCGAGCUCAGCAGUCUGGACGCAAGGACAGAGAGUCUGCGCACUGAGCUCGCAAGCCCUCUCGCGCGCGGUAUGACCAGUGAUGAAGAACGGCUGAUCGAGGACUUGGGUAAGGAGAUCGAGCAGCGCCAGAAGCAGAUGCUGGAGCUCGGAAAGAAGAAGAACGAGCUUGGAAGCCGCAAGAACGGUAUCGAGAUAGAGCUUAACGAAGGCUUGCGUCGUCGGCGGGAUGAACUACAGCGCAAGAUUGAUGCCUUGGGUGAGGUCGAGGCCGGCGAUGCUUCCUCCGAGGAAGCCUUGGAAGCCCGGACGAGAGAACUCCGCGAGCUUAAUCGCGACAUCGAGGCGCAACGAAGAGAUCCAAUGAAGGAGAUCGAAAAGCUAACAACGGAACUGCAAGAGAAGCGGUCUGCUCUGGAAGCCUUGCAGAACCAGCAAUCCGAAGAUAAUCGGGGCAUAUCGAAGCAGCAGAAGAAUACCGAACGGUACCUCGCGAAGAAGCAGAUGUUGCUUAAUCGCAAGGAUGAGUGUGGCCGCAACAUCCGAGAUCUUGGUGUUCUGCCCGAGGAAGCCUUCGAGAAGUACACCGGCGAGAAGCUCGAUAGGCUCGUGAAGAAACUACAUAAUGUGAACGAGGGCUUGAAGAAGUUCGCCCACGUCAACAAGAAGGCGUUCGAGCAGUACAACAACUUCACGAAGCAGCGUGACCAGCUGCUAAACCGGCGUGAGGACCUGGACAAGUCGGCUGGAUCGAUCGAAGAGCUGGUGACUGCGCUCGACCAGCGCAAGGAUGAGGCCAUCGAGCGCACGUUCAAGCAAGUGGCGAGCAACUUCGAGGAGGUGUUCGAGAAGCUGGUGCCUGCUGGCAAGGGCAGGCUUAUCAUCCAGCGUAGGAUAGAUCAGGAUGACGAGGAAGUGGAGGAAGCCGACGAGACGCAGCAAAGCUCGAUCGACAACUACACUGGUGUAUCUAUCAGAGUUUCGUUUAAUUCUAAAGUGGACGAGGGCUUGAGGAUACAGCAGCUGUCGGGUGGCCAGAAGUCGCUCGUAGCACUGGCAACGGUGUUUGCCAUUCAGAAGUGCGACCCUGCUCCGUUCUACCUGUUUGAUGAGAUCGAUGCCAAUCUGGAUGCCCAAUAUCGAACUGCCGUCGCUGCUAUGAUCCAUGAUCUGUCGACUACGGCACAGUUCAUCACGACGACUUUCAGGCCUGAGAUGCUUGUAACAGCCGACAAGUUUUACGGAGUGCUGUUCAAUAAUCAAAAAGUCAGCUCAAUCCGUAACAUCACUCGCGAAGAGGCCAUGGAAUUCGUCGAUCAGGAGGCCCAAGCGCAGUGA